AUGUCAAGAAUUGGUCUAACUUCGUUAAUGCUAUGGGCGCUGCUGGUGGUAGUGGCUGCGGUAAACGGCCAAACUGAAACAGAAGCCCCUACAACAUCAAGCACAAAACCGCCCACUACCACAGUGGCACCCACCACUGUGGCCUGGGAAACUGAAACUUUGAACGAGGGUCAGGCGAUACAAAAAGCACUACAGUACCUUUUGCAACAUCGCUUUUCUGAUUGGGGAUGGGGCAACGAUACUCACCAUGUGAUGUUAACUUUACAAUUAGCGAAUAAUACAGGCAAAGAAAUUGAGCAACAGGGCUUAGAGAUGCAGUUGUCUGCGAAACAAAUGGAAAUAGAAAUACUGCUUAUGAUGUCCAAACACCAUGAGUCUCCACCACCAUUGGGUCGUCUCGCCGCUUACACUCUCGCAUUAGGAGCCCUUUGCAAGGAUCCCAGAUCUUUCCAUGGCCGGGACCUCGUAACUGCUCUGCUCCACCGUGAACCUCCUCAUGACCUGGAAUUUGCAUAUGCAACUCUAGCUGCCUGUUCUUCUGCCGCUCAUGUACGACGUCGGCAUAUCAGGCGUCUUUUGGACAUUGCAAAUGCAGCUGCUGAUCAUAGCCUUGAUACUAUAUCAAUGGUGAUCUUGGCACUACGUUGCGUAGUACAAGAUCAUCGUCACCGAAGCCUUAUUCACUUCGUGCGACGGCCGAUGGCUGGUCUGGCGCGUCAACAGCACCCUGAUGGUAGUUUUGGAUCUUUGACAACAACCGCUUUAGCUAUACAAGCCCUCGAAGACUCAGACAAUGGUCCCGGAGCUCACCAGCACUGGAGUCUUCCUUCAGCCAGGAAGUGGCUCCUCGAGCGUCAAGAGCCUGACGGUGGUUGGGGAGACGUUGCCAAGACCGCUGCAGCGGUGGCAGCGCUGACUCCAGCGUCCCUUGCUGCUGUACGUCCACCGCAUUGCAGCGAUAAACUGCUUGAUAGUCGACAUGAGCCUCUAGAUAGCAACGGUGGCGACGGUAGCCUAAAGCUGGCGUACCAAUCCGGCCACUCCAGCAAUGACUCUGAUGCUCGCAACGUCUCCUUCACUUACACGCUGUGGCUCGGCACGAAUGUUACUGAGAAUUAUACACUCUAUAUGGUUGCUCCGAGAAAUAUUUCCUUCUACCAUGUGAUGCAAAUGGCGGCGGAACAAGACCCUAAAUUCAAGUUUGAAGCCAGCGAAUGGCCAAAUGGUCACUACGUGCAUACUUUAGCUGGUCAUAAGGAGGAACCUAUGGGAUACCACUACUGGCUACUCUACCGCCUACCAGAAAUCCCUGACCCCACCAGUCCCCCUGGCAACCAGCUUGUUGCUCCUGUUGGUGUCGACGACUUGCUGGUGGAGGAUGGCGAACAUUAUCUCUUCUGGUACAAGAAGCUG